CAGGGGCAUGAACGCAAGACACAGGCACGGCACACGCCAUGGCCUGAUGGCCGGAGGGAACUGCCUGUACCCGCGGCCGCCCCUGGCCGAAGCUUGCCUAGCCGAGCUCACCCUCGCCGCCCCUCAAGGAGCUCCCCGCGCCGCCCCGUCGCGGAACUCGUCGGCGUCAGCACCUCGCCGUGGUCGCCCGCGCCACCCCUGGAGGACAUCUCCUGCGCCGGCCUUGGUUGAGCUCGCCCGCGCCACCCUGUCGCGGAGCUCGUGCGGCAGGUCCUCUUCCACAGCUCGAGCUAAUCGUGUCGCGCUCGCGGGUGGCGCGUGCGGCAGCGGCCGCAACUUUCACUGGUGUGGCCUGCCGAAGGCAGAUUAUUUCCUUGGAUUGUGCGUUUUCUCUCCCAGAUUUUUCUUCUGGAUCUGUGUCAAUCAUUCUUUUGGUAAAGUAGUACUUACGGAAGCAGCGGAGGCACACGAUUUCUUUUCCCCGUUCAACUCAAUCAAAGUCAGCCACAAGUGGCUCCCUCAGCUCGACUACGGCCGGCCCCGACUGCGAAGACCAACCACGAUUUGGGGAGCGAUGCAGACGGCGGCGGCGCGGCGCAAGGUCGUCGAGGUAGGGGGGGCGUGGCGUUGCAGCGCCUCUGGCCGAUUUGACUCAGUUUUUUCCAUUAAAAUCAAGCAUACAAUUUAUCCAUCAACUCCGUUGAUUUGACUGGACACUGCUCCCCGCGAGGCAUCCAUCGGCGUGGCUCUACGCUCCACCUGGUCGUGGCGGCAGCGCAGCCCUGAGCUCCUCUCGCGGCGAGGCGGCAAGGCCAUGGGGGACGCUGCGGCCUCCUUCCUUCACUCGAUUUGGGCCGCCAUGGCCGCUCCUCGAGCUCCCAUUGACUGGAAUUUGAGGUGCGUCGUCCGGGCGCCGCCGCCGACCACACGAGCCACUGCGCACGCAUCCGGGCGCCGCCGCCGACCACACGAGGAGUAGGCG